UUCGAUGGCAGACAUGGGUGCAGACGGCAAAUGGUCAGGAAAUGGGGCAAAGUUUUUGUUCCAGUUCAGUGAUAGUUACUACGGGUCGUAAUGUGCUUUUAUAGUCCUCAACGAAAGUACGCUACACUCCCCCCCCCUCCUUUUUGUUAUAUUGUAUCUGUGUAAAGGACUGUUCUCUCCGAGUGAAAGAAUUCGUCUGUAUAAAAAGGCAAAACCAUUUCUGGGCUGUAUUUCGCUAUUAUUAAUUUAUUCUAAUUCUUUCUUUCAUAUUAUUUCGUCAGGGUAAUAGACGCAUUGUAUGGUAUAAUCACGAGGUUUGUAUGUGCUGACACUGUGGACUAAAUUAAAUUACUAGGUAGUUGAAUUCUCAGAAUGCUUAUAUUUUGGUGACAUUCGUUUCUUAUUUUGAGAGAAGACUAGAAACAGUUCUAAAGAAAAAAAAAUAAAAUUCAAUUUAAGCCCCAAAGGGGUAGAUUAAAGUCUUUCAGGAGCAAUAAAAGAAAUUUGAUGGAUACCUUUAUACAACCAAAAGAAGAAUGAGAAAAAUUGUGAUCCUGUUUGCUUUAGUUGGAACCUUUACCUGGCCAUUUGUAGCUUCACAAGACAACAGAUAUUGCAGACUUGAUGACUUCUGCUCAUAUAAGUGUCAUUGCUCUAGCUGUGGACCAAAAAACGGACUUUGUGCAGUCGAUGCAACCUGCGAUAAAGGAUGGUUUGGUCACAACUGCCAGUAUCUGGAUCUCAAACCAGAUAAAGUUGACAUUGAACCACAACAAAGUAAAACACAGUGGCUCAUGGAUAACGACGACGCUACAUGUAACAAAGGAGCAUCCAUCAGUUCUGUGACAAUGACUUUGAAUGGUAGUUAUCCACUAACGUGGAUACGAAUUGUUUUAAAUGAUACAGCCAUGUUUUCGACUGUAAAACUCUUUUAUAGCGAAAUAGAGGAAUGUCCAAAAACCAUCUGGUCACGACCGAAUGAAAGGACCAUGGACAUAAGAUGUGAGAAAUCUGUCCUGAUCAAAACGUUAAAAAUAAUUGGAAACCUCGACUCUUUGUGUUCUUUGUAUAUAAAUGGAGGUCGCAAUGUGGCCUAUGGACAAAGGGCAUCACAAACUUCAAACUUCAGCAACAACAUUUAUUUAGCGAACUCAGCUGUUGAUGGUGAUUAUCUUACAUUCAGCCAUACUGGAGCAGAAGAGCGUCCAAGAUUUAGUUUAACAUUCAACACUAACUAUCUAGUGACUCGAUUUCUUCUGUACAACAGAGCUGGUCUUUUAGAACGACUUCAAGGAUUUCGACUUCAGUCAUUUGAUGCCAACAGCAUUGUUGUUGACAACCAUAAGGACAUCUUAACACUAUCACAGAGUGUAUACGUCGUUAUUGGAAAUGCAUCUGUUCCGAUCUCAUCUCUUUCAGUGAAUGAAACUUCAAAAAUAUAUCCAGCACCGAAUCCAUAUGUGACUUUAAUGGAAAUAGAAGCCUAUGGUGGUAGGGUGUAG